AGGCGGCGGCGGCGCUGGUGGUGGCGGUUGAGGUAGCUGCGUCGACGGAGGCGUUGGGAGGCCUGUCCUUGGCGAGCUUAGCCCAGGCUUCGGCUCAUGGCAUCGAGCGCCGUCCAUCGUGAGAUCAUUAACUGAAGACCAAAUAAAUAGCUAUGCAAAAUUCUCACAUGGAUGAGUUCAGAAACUCUGAUAAUGUCAUCACAGGCAACACUUCAGAGGUAGCAGUAGUAGAACAUCCAGAUUUUAGUACUGAGAUUAUGAACGUUACGGAGAUGGAACAGUCACCUGAUGGCUCUCCCAGCGUGCAUGCAUCUGCAGAAGAAAAUGAAAUAGCAAAUGCUGUGGACCUUCCAGUGACAGAAACAGAAGGAAACUUUCCUCCAGAGUUUGAAAAGUUUUGGAAAACAGUAGAAACUAAUCCUCAGGAUUUUACAGGCUGGGUAUAUUUGCUUCAGUACGUUGAACAGGAGAAUCACUUGACGGCUGCCAGGAAAGCAUUUGACAAAUUUUUCAUACAUUACCCGUAUUGCUAUGGUUAUUGGAAAAAGUAUGCAGACCUUGAAAAGCGACAUGACAACAUUAAACAAUCAGAUGAGGUUUAUCGUCGGGGGCUACAGGCAAUACCUCUUAGUGUUGAUCUUUGGAUACAUUAUAUAAACUUCUUAAAAGAAACAUUGGACCCUGGUGAUCCUGAGACAAACAAUACAAUCAGAGGAACUUUUGAGCAUGCUGUUCUAGCUGCAGGAACGGAUUUUCGAUCUGACAAACUGUGGGAAAUGUAUAUAAACUGGGAAAGUGAACAGGGAAAUCUAAGAGAAGUUACAGCUAUAUAUGAUCGUAUUCUUGGUAUUCCAACACAGCUGUACAGUCAUCAUUUUCAGAGAUUUAAAGAACAUGUACAAAAUAACUUGCCUAGAGAUCUUUUAACUGGUGAACAGUUCAUUCAGCUGAGAAGGGAAUUGGCUUCUGUAAAUGGACACAGUGGUGAUGACGGACCUCCUGGUGAUGACCUUCCAUCAGGAAUUGAAGAUAUAACUGAUCCAGCAAAGCUAAUUACUGAAAUAGAAAACAUGAGACAUAGAAUCAUUGAAAUUCAUCAAGAAAUGUUUAAUUACAAUGAGCAUGAAGUUAGUAAAAGGUGGACGUUUGAAGAAGGUAUUAAAAGACCUUAUUUUCAUGUGAAACCAUUGGAAAAGGCACAACUGAAAAACUGGAAAGAAUACUUAGAAUUCGAAAUUGAAAAUGGGACUCACGAAAGAGUUGUGGUUCUCUUUGAAAGAUGCGUCAUAUCUUGUGCCCUCUAUGAGGAGUUUUGGAUUAAGUAUGCCAAGUACAUGGAAAACCAUAGCAUUGAAGGAGUGAGGCAUGUCUUCAGCAGAGCUUGUACUGUUCAUCUCCCAAAGAAACCUAUGGCACAUAUGCUUUGGGCAGCUUUUGAGGAACAGCAGGGGAAUAUCAAUGAAGCCAGGACUAUCUUGAGUACAUUUGAAGAAUGUGUUCUAGGAUUGGCAAUGGUUCGAUUGAGAAGAGUAAGUUUAGAACGACGGCAUGGAAAUAUGGAAGAAGCUGAACAUCUGCUUCAAGACGCUAUAAAGAAUGCCAAAUCAACUAAUGAGUCAUCAUUUUAUGCUAUCAAACUAGCCCGGCAUCUUUUCAAAAUACAGAAAAAUCUUCCAAAAUCCAGAAAGGUACUGUUGGAAGCAAUUGAAAAAGAUAAGGAGAACACAAAGUUAUACCUCAAUUUACUUGAAAUGGAAUACAGUUGUGACCUCAGACAAAAUGAAGAAAAUAUUCUCAGUUGUUUUGACAAAGCCAUACAUGGUUCAUUGCCUAUUAAAAUGAGAAUUACAUUUUCUCAAAGAAAAGUGGAAUUCCUUGAAGAUUUUGGUUCAGAUGUUAACAAGCUUCUGAAUGCAUAUGAUGAACAUCAAACACUCCUAAAAGAACAGGAUACUUUAAAAAGGAAAGCUGAAAAUGGCUCAGAAGAACCGGAAGAAAAAAAAGCACAUACAGAAGAUAUGUCAACAGCACAGAUCAUUGAUGGGGAUUUACAGGCAAAUCAAGCUGCAUAUAAUUACAGUGCCUGGUAUCAGUACAAUUAUCAGAAUCCUUGGAAUUAUGGACAGUAUUAUCCUCCACCUCCAACCUGAUGGGAAAAUGUAAACUUCAGAUGGGUUAUAUGAGAAAUGCGGAAUUAUUUUUUUUUUUUUUUGAAGGAUGUAAACAUAGUAUAAGCUUGUAUUUGAUAAUUUGUCUUCCCAGUUUCUGUGUAACAUUUGUUUGGUUAAUAGCAGAAAAUGUCAAUUAGUAGUGUACCAUAGAAACUUUCCUACCAUUUUUAAAGUUUACUUUUUAUUGGAGAACUAUUUUUUUUAUUUUUAUCUUAUUUUUUUGCAUUAAAUGGUCUAGAAUUCUUCUGCAGCUCAUGCAAGAGAUUUGUAGCCUUAAGUGUAGGGACAAAAAAACUGACUGCAAAUCAUGUCAGUUAAGAUUCUGGGGAAAAAAAAUAAGGGCUGGUUAUUGAGAAUUUUAUCUCCUGUAAAAACAAACUUUAAAUGAAAAUGACUUUUAACCUUAAACCCUAAGGUUGUCUUAAUGUUUCAGUUAUACUUGGGAAUUUGGCUCUAACUCCAGGAAAGAUGAACUGUUACUACAUGUUCUGCCUUGGAAUAGUUAUGAGAAAAUGUAAUCCCCUUAAAAAAUGAUCAAAGUAUGUUUUGGAAGACUUUGUAUCUAGAAUAUUCAUGUAAAAGUUGUGAGCAAGCUUUCAUUUUGAUCAAACUUAUCACUUUUGUAAUAAAAAUGAAGACUCGUGCAUCAUCUGUUCAUGAAAUCAUUUGGGGGCUAUACACCAAAAAUAGAUUACUACCAGGAUACUUUUCUGCUUCAAGUUCUGUGCCUUUGAACUUUCACCAUGAAGUAGUAUUUUUAAAAUGGCCUGGACAAAGGUAGCCACUGUGGUCAGCAGUUAUUAUGAAGUCUGUAAUCUUGCAUAUGUAAUCACAAUAUUAAUAUAGCAACACAACAGUCAAAUAAAGACAAUCCAUGACAGUUUUAUUGAGCCUUUCAGUUUAUGAGGUAAAAGGAAAAGCAAUUCUCCUUAAUACUUUACAUAGCUGUAGUAAAAUAUCUGAUGGUUACAUUUCUCAAAAAUUGAGAUCAAGUAAACAAGCUUUAAUGCCUUAAAUUUUCCAGUUGACUUUUCCCUUACAAUAACAACAAGCACUAAUCACAUAAGUGUUUGUUGUUGCCGAAGCACUGGUUUCAGUCAAUAUCUACUAAUUCUACUUCAAAAAUGAGCUUGGUAUUUGGUGGAAUUCUGUGGGAAACAGUCAAGGAGAAAUUUGAUGAAAUGUGCCCACCUCAACCACUAAACCAUAGAUAGCAUAUUAGAAUUGUGAAAUGUGCUUAUCAUUUGUGUGAUACAGAAUCAAAAGUUCUGGGGUAGCCCAGGGAUACUCCCAAUACUAAGAGGAAGAGGUUUGUAUUUGACUUAGAGGCUAGUUUAAGUCUCCAAAAAGUGUACUGAGUUUCAACAAGCAUUCUCACCUGGAUACUUCACUAAUGGUACCAGAUUAUCCAAUAAUUUAUGAAGGUUGCUACUUAAAAGUGAAUCAGCGUUUGUAUGAGGUAGAAUAUGUCAUCUAUUGUGAAUUAAAAGAUGAGUUUACGUUGUGCUUGCUGGUACACAACCACAAUCUCUGUACUCAGGAGGCAGAUGCAUGUAGUACUCAGAGUUUGAGGACUCCCUGGUCUACGCAAAGAUACCAUCUCCAGAAAACAAAGGAGAAUGAGAAGAGUUUCUUCAUGCUGUACGAAGCUUUCACACGGGAUGAAUUUAACUUUAAGACUACAGAGAGUACUUCCAACUUUUAACUCACUCCUUAUCCCCUACAAAUCCCAAUAUCAAAACAGCUACAGAUUACCUCCCCAGUUAACUACUCGAUUAAGUUUGUCUAAAUGGUCUACAACUGGUGCCUUUCUGCUUUUUCUAAAUGUUGACAAACUGGGCCUUUCACAGAAACACUGUAAUCAACAAAUGCUUACUAACCCUAUUUGUCCCAUGGUCUCCUUCAUUUUACAUAUGGUAAAUUAAACUGUUGUUUGUUCCAUUUCUAA